AUGGCAAAGAAGCCGCCUAAGAAUCCUCUGCUGGUGGUUCUCGGUGCGACGGGGACCGGCAAAUCCCAACUCGCAGUGGCAUUAGCGACUCGAUUCAAUGGCGAGAUUAUCAAUGGCGAUGCCAUGCAGAUGUAUGACGGUCUGCCCAUCAUUACAAACAAGAUCACGGUGGAAGAGCAAAAUGGGAUACCGCAUCAUUUACUUGGAUUUAUAGCUCUCGACGAGGAGCCAUGGCGAGUGGGAUUAUUUAAGAGAAAGGCCAGCCAAAUAAUACGAGAGAUCCGGUCGAGAGGACGGGUGCCAAUUCUCGUUGGAGGAACACAUUACUACACCCAGUCCCUUCUUUUUGAUGAUUCUUUGGUCACUGCGCAGGGCGAAGGAGAGGAACAGGUGCAGACGGAGCUUUCGAACCAAGAAAUCUCCGAAAAAUUCCCUAUUCUUGAUGGGCCAACAGAGGCAAUGAUUGAACGAUUAAAGGAAGUAGACCCAGUGAUGGCAGAUCGGUGGCAUCCCAAUGAUAGGCGGAAAAUACGACGGUCACUAGAGAUAUUCCUUUUGACUGGCAAGAGAGCAUCAGACGUUUACGCGGAACAAAAAGAAAACAAGAGCCUCGCCAAGAAGGCCGGGGAUUCCCAGGAAGAAGACACAAUAUCCCAGUCAGCGUCUGAGAAUAUAUCGCCGCUACUGUUCUGGGUCCAUGCUGAAUCUGAGACGCUUAAAGCUCGACUGGAUGCCAGAGUCGAUAAGAUGAUGGAGGCUGGCUUGCUAGACGAAGUAAAAUCGAUGGGCAAUUUCCUCCGUCAUCACGCAAAGCUUGGUCAAGACGUUGACCGUUCUCGGGGGAUCUGGGUUUCGAUAGGGUGGAAAGAGUUCGAGCGGUAUCUCUCUGCGCUCGAAACCGACCCUGAAUCUCAGGGAAAGCUGGACGAGCUAUUUGCAUUGUCAAUAGAGCAAGUUAAAUCUGCUACACGUCAAUACGCAAAACGCCAAACGCGAUGGAUCCGCUUGAAGCUCAUCCCAGCUCUAUCAAACCAGAAUCUCCUCGACAAAUUAUAUCUUUUGGACGGCACUGAUGUCACGCGUUGGACGGAAGCCGUCGAAGACCCUGCUAUCGAUAUCACUGCAAGUUUCCUGGCUGGCGAAGAGCUUCGCGCUGCCAGCGAAUUAUCCGAUGCUGCUAAACAAUUCCUGACCCCAGAGAGAUCGUUUGAAUUUGCAGAUAGGAGAGAUCUAUGGGUCCGACACGAGUGCGAGCUUUGCCACACGAUAUCGGUAACAGAAGAGCAAUGGGAGAGCCAUCUCAAAAGCCGUGGCCAUCGACGGCUUGUCAAAAAGCAACUCAGAAAUGCCGGCAGCGGUAGGUCUCCCCUUCCGAAUAAUGAAAGUGCGCCAGCAUCAGAGGAGGUGUCUGGAUAA